AUGAUAACUCUAAAGGUUUGGUUUAAACUUGAGAAUCCUAAAGAUAACUGGACUAAAGUUUCAUUAGAGGAAGUUGAAUAUGUGGAUAACCUCAAGAAAAAAAUAAAAAUCGAAAUGGCUCCAAAACUCAAUACUUUCGCUUUGUCAAGUCUCACUCUCAAAGCAACUUAUAAUAAUGACAACUCAAAUGAGACAGUAGAACUACAUGAGAAAGGUGAACUUGUUUCUGUCUUAAGACUAUUCAAUAUUGAUGAAAUGAAUGUUAAAGAUUCUUUUGCAAAGAAUAUUCUGUUGUUCAUUACUGCUUCGCCUGGUACCGCUAAUAUGACAUACAAGACUUUGCCUUCAUGGCAGAAAACCAAAUAUGACAGAUUGGCUGAUGAAAGUUUGAAAGCAUUGUAUUUGGAAACGAUUUGUGAGAAGCGUGAAAAAAAUGAGCUUAAUCUCGACAUUAUUAAAGUUGCACUCAUUUCACUUGUUAAUAUCUUAAUGGAUGUUUUAAAUAAAGGUCAUAAUGACAAUGAAUCUAUCAAAACAUUUAUGCUUAUUUUAAAUGCGGUUGUUGGUGGAAUCCAACUUCUAAUUAUUAUAUUAAAAAUAGUUAUGAUAGCAAUUUAUUGGGUGGAUGUAGGAUUGUCAUGUUCAGAAUUGCUUUUAAAGGUAUCAUCUGCUCAACAAAAUGUAUAA